CCCGCUCUUCCCCCUCCAGUUGGUGGCGCUGCACCUUUAACUCGACCAAGGUCUUUUUUUUUCCCGACCGUCGCCGGGUCGGGGGCCCAGGGACGGCAGUAACGAGAUGAACACGCCUGCCUCCCAUUGGCUGAUUACAAACUUCUGGUUGUUGUGGUUAUGUCCAAGAUCCGGGCCAGCCCGCCCACAGGGGCUGAUAGAAGAUGUGCAGAGCCAGGCGAAGGAAAGAUCGAGAAUGAUCUAAUUGGGAGAUCUUCAGUUGCUGAGAAAAGAGCCACAGUCAUGUUAUCAAGUCUCACACUACUCGCAUGCACUUUAUUUUAUCUCUCCACCCAUCUAACCAUCAUAUGGGGGGUAGAAUUUAAAGCAGCAUCGGCCUCACCAGUGAUCCACAGUAAACCAUUUAUUGUGAUUUGGAACACACCUACUGCAGGAUGUAAGACUAAAUUUAAUGUUGAUUUGGAUCUGAGUGUCUUUGAUAUUGUUGAAAAUGAAAAUGAGAGCUUUGUUGGGAAGAAUAUUACUAUAUUUUACAAGAACAAAUUGGGGCUCUAUCCAUACUAUACCGAUGAGGGGACCUCAGUGAAUGGUGGUCUUGUGCAGAACGCCAGUCUAUCCAACCACCUCACGGUAGCUGCAGAAGACAUUGUCAGUUUACUGGACCAAGAUUUCCAUGGUCUUGCAGUGAUCGAUUGGGAAGAGUGGAGACCACUUUGGGAACGUAACUGGGGACAUCUACAUAUCUACUUGAAAAAAUCUGAAGAACUAGUAAGAAGCAAAUACCCACAUUUACCUGAAAGUGAGAUUCUCCAGAUUGCCAAGAAGGAAUAUGAAACUGCUGCACAGAAUUUUAUGAGGCAAACACUAAAACUAGGACAGACUCUGAGACCAAAGGGUUACUGGGGCUUUUAUAAAUUUCCAGAUUGCUAUAAUUACUUUAAAGAAGAUACGCCAACCAAGUACACAGGUCAUUGCAAUAAGGAAGAUAUCCCUAGAAAUAACCAGCUAGCAUGGCUCUGGAAGGUAUCGCAAUGCCUGUAUCCCAGUAUCUACAUCCCUGAGAAGCUAAAAUCCUCAAAUAAUGUUCAAAUGUUUGUUCACUACAAGAUUAAGGAGGCCCUCCGUGUUGCUGCCCUUGAUCCAGCCAGUGAUGCCCUGCCUGUCUUGGCCUACUCCAAAUAUUCAUACAUAAAAACACUCGACUUCCUUACUGAGAUUGACUUGGUACACACCAUUGGAGAGAGUGCAGCCAUGGGGGCCUCUGGAGUGGUUCUAUGGGGAGAUAUGGACUUUGCACGCACCAUGGAGCGCUGUGAGGCUCUGAAGGAUUACAUUGACAAGGAGCUUGGAAGAUACGUUCUAAACACUACUACAGCAGCCAUGUUGUGCAGCAGGGUUAUAUGCAGUGGCCAUGGACGUUGUGUGCGGAAGGACCCUGAAUCCAGAACUUAUCUACAGCUUGAUCCCAGAAGCUUUGAAGUUCUCUCUAUUCUUAGUUCCACAGGAUCUGUAUUAACAGCACGUGGAGAAUUGCAUUCUGAAGAUGUGCAAAGCAUGAAAGAGCAGUUCACAUGUCAGUGCUACAAGGGAUGGAUGGGGUCCCAUUGUCAGGAAAAAUCAGGCUUUUAGAUUGGGAAUUGGGAGGUAUUCUUUCUUCCUCCUUUUUUUUCAUUAUAUUUCAACAGAAGGUGCUGAUUCACACUUGAAAUCCUCAGGUACUACAUCUGAAUGGAUAUUCUUAUAUUAGAUGAGAGUGAGAGUUUCAAUAGGCUAAUUCAAUUGUUGCAUUCCCCAUAUAAUGUCUACACCCGUGCACUUUUCAGUGGAUAAUCACAAAGCAGAAAUUAAGAGUUGGUACUGUGAAGUCAACGUUUAUCUCUGGGAGUCAACCAACAGAGUUUACUGGUUGGCCAGCUUCUAGGCUGCCAUGAUUUUGGGGCCCGGCCUUACCUAUACUUAGCAGGUUCACGGCAGGCGUCAGAUCUCAUCGAUCAUUGGCCUCAGGAAUGAAAGCUAAUUGGCAAAGAGCCGUUGGUAGGUGCUCAGAGGGGAGAAGGAGUCAAAGCCAGGAUGGGGAGAGGCCAGGCCAGCAGUGCGCUAUAAUAUUUCUGUGGAGCCAGGAAAGCACUCCUGUUCCCUCUUGACUCCACAAGUGAAAUCAAUACCUUUAUGACCUGAAUGCCAGUACCCUUGGGCAGAGAAUUUUCAUGGUACCUUACAUCUAUGUGUUCCAUAAAAUUGCAAUCGAGAUCCUAACUGCCAUUUGGGUUCUAAUUUGCAUGGGAAAAGGUCUAUCUCUGUUUCAGCCAGCCUCUUCAGCACCCCAGUGAUAAGGGGACCAGCCUAGCCCCUUCCCAUCCUAUUAAUACUGAUUUUCCCCAAGUGAAAAUUGGUCCCUUAGACGCUUUUUUACUCUCAUCUCCUGUCGUAACUCCAUCACCACCAUCCUACCUGAAUCAGCUAACACAGCUUCAGGAAUUGAAACCUAUUGUAAGAAUAUUGCCAAGCCUCAGCCAGAUAUUUACAGUAUAUCGCUAAAGGUAUUACUUAAAGCAUUUCUCUAUUUUACUUUGCUCACCAGCAAAUACUUAAUUUUCUGUCAUCACUUUUACAGUCUCAAAUCCCAAGAAUGACAUCAAAACUGCAGAUCCAGGAUCUGCUCCUUUUUAACGCAUUGAACACAAAGGUCAAGAUUGGCUGUGUUUCUUCUAUCUAGUUGAAUAGUCUGUCAGUACUCACUGUAGACACCUUCAUCUGAAUAAUAUCCAAUUGGGCAAGAUAGCUUCAGGACCCAUGGAACUGAUGUACCUCAGCAAGGAGUCAGCAGCUUCCAGCAGUAAAGAGGGACAAAAUUGGCAGAGAAGGGUAAUGGAUAUGUCAACCUGAUAGAAAGUAUCCAUGUCAGCAAAACCAGCUAAUGUGUACAUUUUUAGUCUUCAUGAUGAUACACUAAAACUUAGUAAUUAAGGGAACUAUUGCUGAGCUUUUAGGCACUCAGCCUUGGCAACAAUAUGCGCCAAAAUUGUACCCCAGAAACCCUGCUAUUGUGUUUCCCAGAGGAACAUUUGUUCUGCAACACACGCUAUAGCCUGAAAUUAGUCAUUUUGGGUUUGUGCCUGUAUGUGGCAUGGCUGCACCCACACCAAGGGCAGGGUGGAUUAGUUACACUGAAAACUAAGUGGCCAAACAAAUUGCUAUAGGAUCCUAGUGUCUGGAAAACUGGCAGUAAGACCUAGACCCAAUGAAAAUAUAGAAAUAGUAGGUGAAAAAGCCAAGGAAAUAUUGUUAUGAUCUUCGUCAUAACCAAUAACUUAUUAAAAAAAUAAAUAAAUCUGAAAUCCCAAUUAUUUACUGAAGGAAUUAAGCCACAAGAUUCUACAGUUUAAAACAAAAGAAUUUUAACCACACAGGAGUCAAACAAAGCAAACACUAAAUAGUAUCUUAGGUAACCACCUAUACUCUUAAAAACCAAAAUCAACAUAAGUUAUACAUGAACUAACACGCAAAUUGCGGUCGAUUAUAAACUAUAAAUUACACAAAUGUGUACAACUGUGUUACAACUAAGACUGACCUUAUUAAUUGGCUCAGCAUAUAUGCCAUCAAUCUCAGUCACAAAGUCCUUCAAAACUCUGUGUUCCUCACAGAGUUUCAGCUCCUCCUCUUCUAGGAUUUAGCCUGACCCCAGCUGACAGCAGCGCACAACCAACCCGAGUUCCCCAAGCACAGUCUUCACCAAAAGUGGCACAUGUCUACACAACCUCCUCAACUCUGCUUAUGAUGGUCUGGAGGGCGUAGAUCUAUGAAUGCUAUCUUCAAGUAACAGAAACAGCCACACCAACUGUAUGUUUGCGCAUUCUCAGCUUCUGGAUCUAGCCUCCAUCUUGUUCAGCCUGCUAGUACUGCACGACUGGAAUCAACACAGAUGGCUCUGUGUCCUUUUAUAUGGGCUGGGAUUUUCUGGUCCCACCUGUGCAGUUGCUAAUGGCAGCAACCAUCACAGGCGGGAACAGAAAAUUUGGAGAAGCAGCCAAAAGUCCAUUGACUUUUGGUGGGACCAGAAAUUCUUGUCCAUGGUUUCAACCAGUUUCAGUCUCUUAGAAGUUCUGCUUUCCAAUCUCAAUUUCAGUCUUAGUUUCCUUAGAAAUUGGAAAGAUCAGUUUUCUUUCUCAGUUUCUCUUUUCAAUUAGGGUCUGUCUGAAAAAUACAAGCUUUGAAACCAUGUAUUCCAUCACAAUAUGGAGACCUGUUCUAAAUCAUCCACCUGUGUCAUUGUACAGCUCACAACUUGGAGUUGCAGAAGAGUCUGGCCUUCCAAUGUUUCCUUCCUUCCUCCUCAUGUACAUCUUCCAACCCUCUCAGCCAAUAUUGACAUAGAACGGGGAAAGCAAAGAGAAUAAACAUAAUAAAAUACCUCUGACUUGCUGCAUUCCAAAGUUGCUAAACUUUUCCUUAAUAUGCCAAAACACUCAGUGCAUAAUGAAGUUUUUACUUAAUUCCCAGCAAGUGUCCGCCUCUAGUUGUCUUUGAGAAGGUGCUGGUGAACAGCUUUGUUAAACAUAACUGAGUGACUUGCUCAGCCAUUUCAAAAGGCAGUUAAGAGUCAAUCACAUUUCUGUGGGUCUGGAGCCACAUAGAGAUCAGACCAGGUAUGGACACCAGAUUUUGUUUCCGAAGUAUAUCAUUGAAACAGAUUAGAUUUUGCAACAAUGCAGAGUUUCAUGGUCACAAUUACUGAUAUGUAAUUAAUUGAAUUUAAAUUCCCCAGCUGCCAUAGUGGAAUUUGAACCUGUAUCUCUGGAUCGUUAUUCCAAACCUCUGGAUUACUAGGCCAAUAACAGAAACACUAUGCUACUGUACUCAAAGCUGCUGCAUCACUUCAACAUAAAAGUGGUACAUUGACUUUUUCUUUCUUAUACUUCUCUAAUUAUCCUCAAUUGUCAGGACAGAGGGAUAGGGGAAAGCGGUCUUUGGUCAUCAAGAGCUAAUAUAAGUGAUCAAAAAUAAAGAUACAUUAUCUUAA